AUGAGCAUCGGCCGAACAACCGCUAACUUCAAGACUCUCAAGUACUGGGGUAAAAGAGACAAGACCCUCAAUCUUCCAACCAACUCGUCCAUCUCGGUCACGUUGGCACAGGAAGACUUGCGCACGCUCACAACCGCCGCCACCUCCUCAUCGUUCGAGAAGGACAACUUGUGGCUCAAUGGAAAGGAAGAAGGCAUCAAGGGUGACAGAACCAUCGCUUGUCUUAAGGACUUGCGUCUGUUAAGACGCGAGAUGGAGGCCGCAGACGCAUCGCUUCCUAAAUUUUCCGAGUGGCCCAUCCACAUUGUCAGCGAGAACAACUUCCCCACUGCCGCCGGUUUGGCCUCUUCUGCCGCCGGCUUCGCUGCGUUGGUCGUGGCCAUCGCCAAGUUGUACCAGCUUCCGCAGCUGAUGUCGGAGCUCUCCAAGAUCGCCAGAAAGGGCUCGGGCUCUGCUUGUAGAUCGCUUUUCGGCGGGUUUGUGGCCUGGGAAAUGGGCGACUUGACCAACGGCGAGGACUCCAAGGCUGUAGAGGUGGCUCCGUUGAGCCACUGGCCAUCGAUGAAGGCUGCCAUUUUGGUGGUUUCCGACGACAAGAAGGACACUCCUUCCACCACCGGUAUGCAGAGCACCGUGGCCACCUCCGACUUGUUUGAGCACCGGAUCAACACCGUGGUGCCCAAGAGAUUCGAGGAGAUGAAGAAGGCCAUUUUGAGCCGCGACUUUGCUGCGUUCGGCGAGAUGACCAUGAAGGACUCCAACUCGUUCCAUGCCGUGUGUUUGGACUCCUAUCCGCCAAUCUUCUACUUGAACGACACCUCCAAGAAGAUCAUCAAGUUGGUCCAUGCUUUGAACGAGCAGGAGGGCAAGAUCAUCGCCGCAUACACCUUCGACGCCGGUCCCAAUGCUGUCAUCUACUACGACCAAGAGCACGAGAACAAGGUCUUGGGCUUGAUCCACAAGUACUUCCACCAGGUGUCUGGCUGGGAAAAGGUCAGCGACCAAGUUGCGCAGUUUGAAGAUCUGUCGAUUCCAUUCGACACCGAGGCCUACAAGGGCGUGAGCAGAAUUAUCUUGACCCAGAUCGGAAGCGGUCCUCAGGAGACCUCUGAGUCUCUUGUGAGCGAGCAAGGAUUGCCAAAAUAG